CAAAAAAAUAAUUCACAACAUAUGUAAAUAUGUUUGUGAAUGAGGUGAACGAUGUUAAAAUCUAUAAUCUUAGUGCGGGUAAAUCGGUACCAGAAUGGCUCACCGAUCGACGCAAAAGAUCCCAGCUAAUGAAAAAAGUCGACUCACGGCGACAAAUCGAAUUGAUACAGGAUUUUGAUAUGCCCGGGGUGUGUACGUCGAUACGUAUGUCUCCCGAUAAUCAAUAUAUUCUGGCCACGGGUACCUAUAAACCGCGCGUCAAAUGUUUCGAAGUCUGUAAUUUGUCCAUCAAAUUUGAGAGGUGUUUCGAUUCCGAGGUGACCACCUUUGAGGUGAUCAGUGAUGAUUACAGUAAAAUGGUAUUCCUGCAAUGUGAUCGUUAUGUAGAGAUACAUGCAGCCCAUGGUCGGCAUUAUCGUUUGCGUAUCCCCCGAUUUGGUAGGGAUAUGAAAUAUCACAAGCCAUCGUGUGAUCUUUUUAUUGUGGGAACUACGAAGGAGAUAUAUCGUUUAAAUUUGGAACGAGGUCAGUUUUUGCAGCCUUAUGAGUCGGAGGCAUCGUGUAUCAAUGCCUGCGAUGUUAGUGCGGAACAUGGUUUGUUAAUGGUGGGCACGAAAGAGGGUACCGUUGAAGCUUGGGACCCCAGGACCAAAACGAAAUGUUCCACAUUGGAUGUGGCCAUUAAAUUGCCAGGUGUUAAGGAAUUCCCCUCCGUGUCGGCAUUGAAAUUUAAAGAUGGUCUUCAUAUGGGUGUGGGUACGAAUUCAGGGCAUGUUCUACUAUAUGAUAUACGUUCCAAGGAGCCGCUGCUGGUAAAGGAUCAUUUGAACAAGGUGCCAAUAAAACGUUUGGCUUUUAAUCCAAAUCACAAUGCGGUGUAUUCGCUGGAUGAGGCCAUGCUUAAAUUGUGGGAUGAGCAGACGGGCAAACAAAUUGCUUACAUUGAAUCCACCUCAUCCUUCAAUGACUUCUGCACAGUACCCGAUACGGGUAUGUUCUUUUUGGCCCAAGAAGAUGUAAAAAUGCUCACCUUCUAUGUACCGGCCAUGGGUCCUGCCCCCAGAUGGUGCUCAUUCUUGGAUAAUCUAACCGAGGAAAUUGAAUCCGAAGUUGUGGAGAAUAUGUAUGACGAUUAUCAAUUUGUCACCCAAAAGGAAUUGGAAGAAUUGGGUCUGGAACAUUUGAUUGGCAGCAAUUUACUAAAAGCCUAUAUGCAUGGCUAUUUCAUCGAUGCUCGUUUGUAUAAUCGUGCCAAAUCUAUUGUGGAUCCAUUUGCUUUCGAAAGAUUCCGUAAAGAGAAAAUCCGCCAGGAAAUUGAAAGUGAACGUAAACCUCGUCUCCAACUUAGCAGUAAACUACCCAAAGUCAAUCAAGAUUUGGCACUCAAAAUUAUUGAAGAACAAACCAAUCCCUCGGCCAAACAGGCCAGCAAACAAACCCCCAAUCUACUGGAGGAUAAUCGUUUCAAGGCCAUGUUUGAAAAUACCGAUUUUAGUAUUGAUAAAAAUGCUGAAGAAUAUAAACUUUUGGCUCCAGUGCUCAAUCGUUUGGAGAAAUCUAAGCUGAAGGAAAUUAAGAAACGUAUUGAAGUGGCCCGGGUCAAUGAACUGCACGAAGAGGAAAAUAAACCCCAUGAAGAAAGUGAUAAUGAUGAAGAUUUGUUUGGUCUAGAGAAGAGCGAUGAUGAUGAUGAUGAAAAGAACUCCUCCGAAGCAGAAUCAUCAGAUGAUGAAAAUGUCAAGGAAUUUGCCAAGGAAAUGAAGAGGGCCUACAAAGAUGUUAAAAAGCAACGCAAGCAGGAACUAGAAGAAAUGGAUGUGGAAGAAGAAAGCAAAGAGAAAAAUACUCCAGCCAAAUCUAGGGCAUUGGCACCACAAUUAUCCGGUGCCAAACCUAAAGAAUUCAAAAUGUUCUCCUUGCAAUCAUCAGCGGAAAUGAGUUCGGUGAAACGUGGCAUGAUGAAAGUUAGUCUGGCCGAUCGUGUUUCUAAGGUAGAGGAAACUAACUCCAAAGUACAGACAAUUGGCGGUUCAUCGGGUAAUCGCCAAAUGACAUUCGACUUGAAAAAGAAAGAUUUACGCAAACGUGAACUGCAAUUGAAACAACAUCGUGAGGAACGUAAAAAGCUGAUACGACCCAUAAAGUCGUUAAAAUUAAAGAAAGUUAAUUUUAAGUGAAUAUA